UGUUUGACACUAAGAUGACAGUUGCAGUUGUUUGUUUUUCUCUGCAAUGUUUUGAAACGUUUUUCAAACAGUUUUCCACCUCUUCAUAAUAAACACCGAAAAUGUCUUCCUCGAAAGAGCCUGCUAGGAAAAAGUACCGUCGGCAUGAUAGCGAAAGUGAUAGUGACAAUGACGACAAAUACGUUCCCUACAUUCCUGUGAAAGAGCGGAAGAAGCAGCAGCUCCUAAAAGUUGGUCGAAUCAUUCAAUUGACUGCCGAAGCGAGUACAUCUGCUGCAGCCAAAUCGUCCAGUGAGAAUGAACAUGACGAAGAACUGAACGAGGAGGUAUGGGGCCGUAAGUUCAAUAUUAGUUUGCUGGAUCAGCACACCGAAUUGAAGAAACUUGCCGAAGCGAAGAAGGUUAGCGCUGUGGAGAAACAACUGAAAGAGGAGGAAAAGAUUUUGGAGAGCGUUGCCGAGAAGAAGGCAUUGAUGGGCGUGGCUGAAUUGGCUAAAGGUAUCCAAUAUGAAGAUCCAAUAAAGACGAGUUGGAGAGCACCAAGAUAUCUGAUGGCAAUGCCUCAAUAUAAGCGAGAAGAGAUACGCGACAAAUUGAAAAUUUUGGUCGAGGGUGAUGAUGUUCCGGUGCCGAUUAAAACUUUCAAAGAAAUGAAAUUUCCAAAGCCAAUUCUGACCGCAUUGGAUAGGAAAUGCAUCAAGAAACCGACGCCAAUUCAGGUGCAAGGAAUACCAACGGUUUUGUCAGGCCGUGAUUUGAUUGGAAUUGCAUUCACUGGAUCUGGAAAAACUCUUGUGUUCGUACUGCCGAUAAUCAUGUUUUGUGUUGAACAAGAGCUAAGACUGCCAUUCAUCCGUAACGAGGGACCGUAUGGAUUAAUUAUUUGCCCGUCACGUGAAUUAGCAAAACAGACUCAUGAGAUCAUACAGUACUACUGUAAGGCGUUACAACAAGGAGGACUUCCCGAAAUUCGUUCGUGCCUUGCCAUUGGUGGCGUUCCAGUAACAGAAGCUAUGGAGGUCAUUCAAAAAGGAACUCACAUAAUGGUAGCCACUCCCGGUCGAUUAAUGGAUAUGUUGGACAAAAAAAUGGUUUCGCUGAGUGUCUGUCGAUACCUUUGUAUGGAUGAAGCGGAUCGAAUGAUCGAUAUGGGAUUCGAGGAGGAUGUUCGUACAAUUUUCUCGUUUUUCCGUGGUCAGCGGCAGACGCUACUGUUUUCGGCUACAAUGCCGAAGAAAAUCCAAAAUUUUGCACGCUCUGCAUUGGUGAAACCGGUCACAAUAAAUGUUGGUCGAGCUGGUGCUGCCUCAAUGAAUGUCAUUCAGGAUGUUGAGUAUGUGAAACAAGAAGCAAAAAUCGUUUACAUGUUGGAAUGUCUACAGCGUACUGCUCCGCCAGUAUUAGUGUUUGCUGAAAAGAAGCAAGAUGUUGAUGCCAUCCAUGAAUAUUUACUGCUGAAGGGUGUCGAAGCAGUAGCCAUUCACGGCGGCAAGGAUCAAGAAGAACGUUCCCGGGCCGUUGAAGCAUUCCGGAAACAUCAUAAAGAUGUUUUGGUGGCAACGGACGUAGCAUCAAAAGGUCUUGAUUUUCCUGACGUUCAACAUGUCAUCAAUUACGAUAUGCCGGAUGAUGUUGAAAAUUACGUGCACAGAGUUGGACGAACAGGUCGUUCUCUGACGAAAGGUUUGGCUACAACAUUUGUGAACAAAUCGACCGAGCAGUUAGUGCUGUUGGAUCUGAAACAUUUAUUGAUCGAAGCGAAACAAAAGGUGCCACCAUUUUUGGCGGAACUUUGUUCCGAAAGCGAACAAUUGUUGGAGGUCGGAGAUACACAAGGGUGCAGUUAUUGCGGUGGAUUGGGUCAUAGGAUUACGGAUUGUCCGAAAUUGGAGGCAGUACAAAGUAAGCAGGCAUCGAACAUUGGCAGAAGGGAUUAUUUAUCGAAUACUGCGGCUGAUUAUUAGUUGCUCAUCACCGAACCUAGUCUGGAAAAUGGCGAUGUGGUAGUUUUAUUUGAUUUUUCUGUGACUCUAUUUUGAACAAACAUUAAAUCGAAAUUGUGACCUGAAAAGUG